AUGCCUUCAGGACACGUCGAUAACGCGAUUGGUAUCGCCAACCUGCCAAACCAAAGGCACAAGAUUGUAGCGAAGAGAGGCGCUGCUUUCACUAUUAUGGUGGUUGGGGAGAGUGGUCUAGGAAAGACUACUUUCGUAAACACACUGUUUAGUACAACAAUUAAAAAUUAUUCAGAGCAUCGUCUCCGUCACAAGAAGCAGAUGGACAAGACAGUCGAAAUUGCAAUCACCAAAGCAGAGCUUGAGGAGAAGUUCUUCAAAGUUCGCCUUACCGUUAUUGACACCCCCGGGUUUGGAGACUAUGUGAACAACAGAGACUCGUGGAUGCCUAUUAUCGAAUUUCUUGACGAUCAACAUGAAUCAUACAUGCUUCAAGAGCAGCAACCUCGCCGUACGGACAAGAUCGAUCUCCGUGUGCAUGCAUGUUUGUAUUUCAUCAGACCCACUGGCCACACCCUGAAACCUCUCGAUAUCGAAGUCAUGAAGCGCCUGUCGUCUCGUGUCAAUCUGAUUCCCGUUGUUGCCAAGGCCGAUACUCUUUCACCAGCGGAUCUAACUCUAUUCAAACAGAGGAUCCGCGCUGUCAUCGAAGCACAGGGUAUCAAGAUUUAUCAACCCCCCAUCGAGGAAGAUGACGAAGCCGCUGCCCAGCACGCUCGAAGCUUGAUGGCUGCUAUGCCGUUCGCCGUCAUUGGCAGUGAGAAAGAUGUCAAGACUGCCGAUGGUCGCGUUGUCAAAGGACGCCAAUAUUCAUGGGGCGUUGCUGAGGUUGAAAACGAAGAACACUGCGAUUUUAAGAAACUCCGUAGCAUUCUCAUUCGCACACACAUGCUCGAUUUGAUUCACACCACUGAGGAACAGCAUUACGAAGCAUAUCGCGCGCAACAGAUGGAGACCCGCAAGAUGGGAGAGGCCCGUCCAAGGAAGCUGGAUAAUCCUAAGUUCAAGGAAGAGGAAGAGAAUCUGAGGAAGAGGUUUACCGAGCAAGUCAAGAAAGAAGAGGCUAGAUUCAGGCAAUGGGAGCAGAAACUGAUUUCGGAGCGCGACCGUUUGAACAAAGAUUUGGAGAGCACCCACGCUGCGAUCAAACAAUUGGAGAUGGAGCUAGAGAACAUGCAAGGGAAUGUUGUUCGAAGCCAUGGUAGACGUUAA